UGUUCCUGUCGCGAACAACAUGGCGGCUGACGCAGAUGAAAGUGAAUAUUUUGUGAGAGAAAUUGAGAAAAACGACGGUUUGGCCUUAAAAGUGAAGCAGUGCUACCUAGGUGAUGUUGGCUGCGUGGUCUGGGAUGCAGCCAUCGUCCUUGCGAAAUACUUAGAGACGAAACAAUUUUACGAUCCGUCUGGGGGAGUGAAUUUCUGGGCCGGCAGGAGUGUGGUGGAGUUGGGAGCUGGGACAGGAGUAGUUGGUCUGAUGGCAGCAACACUGGGAGCUCAAGUUACCGUGACAGACCUGGAGGAUUUGCAGACUCUGCUGAGAGUGAACAUCCAGGAAAAUCAAACACUUAUCAGUAGUGGAUCCAUAACUGCCAAGGUACUGAAAUGGGGUGAAGAUGUGUCUGAGUUCUUGCCUCCCCCACAUUAUAUCCUUAUGGCAGAUUGCAUCUAUUAUGAGCAGUCAGUUGUUCCACUGGUGGAGAGCUUGAAGCUGCUCUCUGGACCGGACACCUGCAUUAUUUGCUGCUAUGAGCAGCGCACUCAGGGCGUCAACCCAAAAGUGGAAAGGCAGUUUUUUGAGUUGCUUAAACAACACUUCAGCUGUGAGGAGAUCCCUUCAGAAAAACAAGAUCCAGAGUUUUGCAGUCCAGACAUCCACAUCCUGCACAUCCGAAGAAAAGUCUAAGUUCGUCUGGUGAAAUUUGUGCGUACGGUAAUUAGUGUUCCACACUGGUACCACAUGAAAAUCUGAUUGUGAAAUUGAAAAUCUAAAGUCUGUACUGGCCUGUGUAGAAUAUUCAGUGUAUCUUCAUUUCUGCAUUUUUUUUUUUUACUUUUUUUU